UUAGGUUAUACACCUGCGGCCAGUCUCACGACUUAUAUUGACCUGCCAAUCACUUUGCCAAGUGAGUUUUCCAUUCCCGAUGCGCAAGUCUAUGCAUAACUCCGCCUCUUGCACAUGUGCACAAUUUUAACAUCAAUGGAGAGCCUCCUAAUACCAUGCAGGUAUACUCAUUGCUAAUUCCUGAGCCUCGUCGAAGACGCUUCCAUUGAUCUUAAGUGAAGACAAAUUCUGCCGAAGAAAUCGACAUGGCGGUGUGUCAAUGAUGGCUUCUUUUGGUAAACGAUAUUCUAAUGGACCCAGUCACAAUAUUGGGAGCUGCAAGCUCAGCAGUCGGCAUCGCUAGCUUUGGUCUUCAAUUAGUACAGGUUCUGACGAAGUACGCGACUGAUGCUGGUGCGGCUGCUCAAAAUCUGAAAGCAGCUUUGACCAAUAUUCGUGUUGCGAGCAUCCCCAUUGAACACAUUAACCAUUUCUUGGAGGAAGAAAGUGAACGUUCGAAGUUGAGACAAAAGGCGACGCUCAAUACAGCUGGUAUUCGACAAAUUCAAUAUAUUAUUGAUGGGUGUUUGAAAGUGUUUUGGAGAGUGGAAGCAUGGGUUCUGGAUAAAGACGAAUCCAACGAACUAGAACUCAGGAUUGCAAAUCGAUUGAACGAAUACAAAGAAGAUGUGAAAUUCGGUUCUGGGAAGCCCUCACAAUUCGUAAAAGUCGACGAGGCUCUAGCGAAAGUCCGUAAACUCGGAGAAUCGCGGUUUGCAAGAUACAUUUCCCCUUUACAAACACACAAGCUUGAUUAAUAUUCAAGGGAACUUCAUCGGCUCCAAGCAAGCUUGAGUUUGCUUUUUAUAAUAAUCAAUAAACCAACCGAACUUCGAUCGUAAGCUUAGAUUAACUACCGAUGUAAAAUCGAGCUUAUACAUGUGCAGAGGAUCAGCUGUAAAGAAUACUAUGGAUACUCAAGUGUACGAUACGACUCCGCAAAACAUCGAGCGACUCCUGUUAGACCUACAUCCAGGGUCAAGGAGAAUUGACGAAAUGAACCAUGGAUCUCAUUGGGGAGUAAACGAGUAUGAUACACAGUAUAUGAACAUCCGGUUCAUCCAAGCAAUUGCCAGAACGCAAUUCAUUCCUGUGACGAGCGGCAUAGGGUACAUUGGUAAUCCUUAUACCCAAAUUCCACAAAGUUAUGUCCAACAACCGGAUGUAUACCGACGAGAAAAUCCCCGGCUUCGGAGAUCCAUACCUCCAGCCGUUCCCGAUGACCCAUUGAAAUCUUCUACAUCAGAAGCAAGCCAUAGCUAUAUCAAGAAUCAGGAGCUCAAUUACAAGAACACCGACAGCCCGCGGCGUAACAAUACAGUAUCUGAAAAUGUUAUACCUUCUGGUGACGCAACUAUUGACGCUGCUCAGAGUCAUAUGGCACAUUUCCAAGCAACACAAAAAGCAGGAAUUUUCAAUGAUUUGGAUGCAGGUGACACGAGUAUAUAUCCAGAUUAUUUAAGAAUGGUUGAAAAGCCUGGAGAAGUGGAUAAUUUAUCAGUUAUUGCCCAGCAAAUUCAGAAGAAUUUUGUCGAUUUUGAGCACGUGGAUUCGGACGGAAAGCUGCACAGGAAUCUUGAUGGAAAAGCACAAUAUCUGAGAACAAGAGAGCGUGGGAACACUAAGCCUGGAAGAAUCACUCCAGUUAUGGCUCCCAAGGUGCCUUCCAGUGGCAGCGCCCGAAUCGUGCCAGCCUCAGUAUCUUAGGCAUCAUCAACCGAGUGCAACCCCAAUUGGCCUAGGAUUAGCAGGGUUUCGAGGCCGGAUAUGCACAUGAAUAACCUCACUAAGAGACGCAAGACCUCUGAUCUGCGCGAUGAAUUGAGUACCGCUGCCCCGUCCUGUACUAGCUUGCAGGCCGAAAAGCCCAAGUCGGAAGCACCACUGGAUCCAAAACUAGAGGUAUCAUCCUCAGGCUAUCCAAAAAAAAAAAUUUAGUACCGCUUCAAAUUCUAAUAUCUCAGGCAAUUCUGAUGAUUCUACUGAUAGCAACGAUGAUUUCGCGACAUUACAAAAACCAACCAGCAGGUUUAUUGUUGAUAGGGAGAACCAAUUCCGAAACUCGGAUCCGCAAGCUGUUCGGUUUGAUUUGCCAUUAGAAGAUCUAGAAGAACCGCAAACGAGAGUCGUGGAGGAACCAGAGAGUCCUAUUAUCCCGCAAGUGAUCAUGUACGAUGAAACACCACAAGGAACUCCUGAGGAAAGAACACAGAUAGUCACAGAUACACUACUUGUUGCGUUGUCAGCCAUUAUACCAAGUCAGUCACGACUUGGAGUCGUCUCCAAUACGCCCGAGCACAAUAUACAAGAAAAUUGUGCUGUAAAAAAGGACGACACGCCUGAGGAGAUGAAGAAGUUUUUGAAAUCGGUGGUUGAAAAGUUUUCAGAGAACAUAAAUCCUGAGCACCAAAUUGACACAAUCCGCCGAAGCCGCCCGCCGUCCAAUUUACCAGUGAGCCCGACAGUUUCAUCACUUACCAAUCGUCACUCUCAAACAACUCAAAACGGAUAUUUCAUCAAACCAUCCAGCAUGGGAGGGGAAUUGAAUCAUGGUAUUUUCAAGCGGACAAGUUCCACACUAUUAAAUUCAAACCAGCCCCCAAUAAAUCAUUUCUCCUCCAUCCGACGAUUCGAAUCCCGGCAACUAUAAAACUUUGGAUUUCCAGAGUAAUCAAUCAUCGAUAGCUAGUUAUUAAAAGCACCAGUCUAGUAAGAGUGGUGGUCUUAAGAGGAUUUUCAGACGCAGUCAUUUCACAGACGAUGACAUGGACAGAAUGGUUCCAGCCGGUUCCUUUAUGACUGCAUUAUUUAUCAAAGGGCACAAUUAUCAACAGAUCCCAACAGUUGAGAACUUCAAAUUACGCAAGACAGAGAUUGAGAGGACGCUAUCACAAAAGCCCCAGCAGAAUUGGUGGAAAGAAUUUUGCUUCCUCGAACCUGCCGAGACCGAUAGUCCAACGCAAAUUCUAAAACCUCAAUAUAAUUAUAGAAGAGAACUAUUAAGUCUCAGAGAAAUGAAGAAGUCCUCUAGUCGACUGUGGUGGCGGAGUGAGAAGGGCCACAUUGCGAUAAUCAUCACUAAACCUCUGGCUAAUCUUGACACGGCGCCGAACUCUACACUCGACUUUAGAUAUACACCAACUCGAGCAGCUACUAGCAGUAGCGCUAAUGGUGUUACAUUUGGCACCCAUGUCUUUGGAGAUAUCAUUGAAGGAGCUACGAGGUUGAAGAUAGUCUGUAUUGCGUAUGCGUCACAACAUGGAAUCAUGGAGAAAACUAUGCACCUGGCAAUGGCAAAUAUGACGGUAGACGACUCCCGGACUUUGUGGAUCAUGGCAGAUCACCUCUACGCGUUGGAUCCAGCGCCUCGGAAGCGAUUGAAUCGGAUGUAAGCUCGAGCUUGCACUAUCAAUUUUCACCAUGGCGAACCCACGAGGUAGGAAGACACUCCUACCGGACAUUUCCCCAACGGCCAAUCAAUCCAUUCCUUCCCCGAAGCAGAAUUUCAUCAUAUGAUGAGCUACCAAAACUCGCAAGGCCUAGGAGACACUCAUCAUGCAAUAGACAUAGAUCUCCGUCGCUUGAAAGUGACUCAUCAUUUGAUGAUUACGGACCAACAUCAUCCAGGAGAACCUCGGUAUACGAUGAAAUUCCCAUGGAAUUACAUAUUAAGAGAACCCGGAAAUAUCAUCCCACCAUACACUCAUUCGAUAGACGGAUUCACCAUCGCCCAGAAGAGAAUCAUUAUCUGAUGAUCUGAAGCAGCCAUCGCCCCGGAGAACUUCGGUACACGGCGUUCUCUCCGCACAUUCAUCUGGUGGAAGCGUCUCGAUACAUGAUGGCCGGACAAGCAACCCUUCACCUAAAAAAACGUUCCCAGUGGCCACACCGUCACGGAAAAUCUAAAUUGGCAACAAAGAUAUGUAUCAAACAAUCCAGGAGUUCGAUCGAGCCGUUAUGGUGAAGACUAUAAUGAUUGGAGCAAGAGAUGCAAGACAAUUUAACCUUCACCACCAUCACCAGAGCCUCGCCCGACCUCCUAUUUUCUCCCAUCCCACAUAUUCGGGCGAGAGCCUGUUAUCCCUUUCGAUCGGAGACCUGAAUAUUAUCCUGACCAUUACGACGGUAGAUCAUCUAACACCCAUGAAUUAUUAGGGAGCGAACAUGCCGGCGACGAUAUUUUGCAACAGCUCUUGUUAAAAUGGACGCCAACGGGGGAGGAGGCAGAGGCUGCCUCCAAGCAAAGCGAAGAUGAAAGCUUUACUUCAGGUGCAAAUAUGGCUCUGAAUGAGACACUUGCUCAAGAUUCUCAAAGCGAAAAUGGAAAUAAGCAACCAGUUGAGAAACAGAAUAAAGAAAAAGCUCCUCAACAACAGUCUUGUAAUGAGGUAUUUGAGGGCUCCACGGAACUCAAAAGCAUGUUUGAUGGCGAUCAGAAUGGACGUUAUUAUUUGCCGAAACAUAGGAUACCACUGUUUCACUAAUACACUUCAGGCCCCUAUCCGUAGCUCAAUUGACAAAGUAACGACGCCGCCGAGCCAUGUUUCAUCGUCAGAGAACACAGCUGUGGAGGUAGAGGUGCAUUCCUUGAUCGUUUAAACCCUGUGCAACGGCCUUUUCAAAAGAGGAGAGAAUCGACAUGUCUGAAGCGGUAAAGGCUGAUGGACGACGUCCAAUGGCAACUGUGGAGGAUGAAGUUGUGAUUCAGCAGAUUUCAGAAAACCUUCAAUGUUCCCCCGAAGUGCGAUAACUACCAUGUUUUGAGUUGUGUAAUAUUUCGUAUUGAAGAAUCCACGUAUUUGUUUAGUAAUGUAGUAAUUUCGUACCUACUCAUGAUCAGUAUCCAAUAGUGCGAAUGAUGUCAAGGAAUCAGUCAUGUGAUAUGGGAGAUGGACUGGGACCAAAAUUAUAGCUAAAUGUACAGACUAGGAAGCGUUAUAUAUGUACCAUAUGU